GUCCACAGAGUUGCAUCCAUUCUCGCUGGCUCCAAAUACGGGCAAGAUGGCACCGCAAAUCGGCUAUAUGCACCUCGAGGCCGUUCAGUACUACUACGGCCAACUGAAGCCCAACCUGGAGGAAGCCAACGUCGACAUGAUGUGGAACAACAUCCUCCCUCUGUACUUUACAGUCGAGGGCGGUAUCAGGAACGGCCUGUUGAAGAAGAAAGUGGUCCUCGUCGAGGUUAUCGGCGACACGGGUUCGGAUAGGGUCUGGAAGGAUGCGGUCGAAGAGGCCACCAACUACACGACGGUGGUUCGGGAUUCUCAGUCUGCGUAUGACAACACUACCGAGAUGAUGUACGCCAUCGUCACCGUUGGCUGCCAUUCACGCUUCUACGAGUUGGCGCCGGGCGAGCGGCUGCUAGAGGACUAUGGCAAUACCGGGGGUAGGCCGUAUGAAUUUAAGGAGGACGAAGGCGAUAUUGAUCGUCUCCUGAUGGAAUUGGUCAACAAGGCAUCGCACUGA